AUGGCGGCGCCGCUAGAGUUUGCCUAUACCUCCUCGGAGGAAGAGGUAAUAGACGAUAUUCCCCAUACAAAGAAGUUGGUGGCCACUUCGCAAACAGAGGAUUUAACAGCCCCAGCCACAAAAGGAGACAUCAAGGUACUUAUGAAUAACAUCAGAGCCUUCUUUAAUGCCAACCUUGAUAUAAUUAGAGAGGACAUUACAGUGGUUACCGGAAGGGUGUGAGCAACUGAGGAAACAGUCUCCACAAUAACUCACCCCCAGGAGAACAGCAAGGAGCUGAUCCAACAACUACAAGCAGCCCAUAAAGCUGUUCAAGUCAGAUUGGACAAUCUGGAAGAUUCACGGAGGUGCAAUAACCUCAAAAUUAGGCGUAUUGCUGAAAAGGUUGAUGACCACGAAUUGCUGCACUUUGUACGUCGCCUAAUGGCCUCACUGAUGCCUCAAGAUGCCGCAAAAUGGAUCAAGCUGCAUGGCUGCCUUCGACUUACCAAAUCCGGCAGGGGUCACUCAUGA